AUGGGAUCGUGCCAAAGCCAAGAGCAAAAAGAGCAAUCGCAACGAAAUCGAGAAAUCGAACGACAACUUAACCAGGACAAACGAGCUGGCAGUAGUAUUGUCAAAUUGUUAUUGCUAGGAGCUGGAGAAUGCGGAAAGUCGACCGUUCUCAAGCAAAUGCAAAUUCUCCACAGCAAUGGUUUCACAGAAGAAGAAAUCAAUGAGAAAAAGGCGAUUAUAUACAAUAAUUUGGUUACCUCGAUGUGCACGAUUUUGAAAGCAAUGGACAAUGUGCUGUUGAUCCCGUUGGAUGAUAAAGAGAAAGAGGAAAUGAAAUCGCGAGUGUUGAAAGUUCAAGAAAUGGGACAAGAGAACGAUUUGCCGACUGAAGACGUCUCGAAUGCUAUUCAGGCUCUCUGGUCGGAUCCGAAAGUGAAAAAAGCGUACGAGAUGCGCUCCGAGUAUCAAUUGGUUGAUUCAGCUAAAUAUUUUUUGGAUAAUUGCCAACGAAUAGUCGAACCGGGUUUCCGGCCAACCGAUCAAGAUAUUCUUUUCUCGAGAGUCGCCACAACGGGAGUUGUCGAAGUGAAAUUCAAGAUCAAAGAUCUCGAUUUUCGAGUGUUCGACGUGGGUGGUCAACGAUCGGAGAGAAGAAAAUGGAUUCACGCUUUCGACAAUGUCGAGUCGAUUAUCUUCAUCACAGCCAUUUCCGAGUACGAUCAAGUGUUGUUUGAGGAUGAGACAACGAAUCGAAUGAUCGAAUCGAUGCAGCUAUUCAAUUCCAUCUGUAACUCAACAUGGUUCAUCAGCACUGCAAUGAUUCUCUUCAUGAACAAAAAGGAUUUGUUCAUGGAGAAGAUCCAACGAGUCAAUAUCACUACAGCAUUCCCUGAUUAUGAAGGUGGCCAAAACUACGAGGAAGCUGUCAACUUUAUUAAGAUGAAAUUCGCGGAGCUGAAUCUGAACCCAGAUAAAAAGACGAUAUAUAUGCACGAGACUUGUGCCACUGAUACAAAUCAGGUGCAACUCGUCAUCUCAAGUGUUAUCGACACGAUCAUCCAAAAGAACUUGCAAAAAGCUGGAAUGAUG